GCAACGGCAUCAAGAAUCGCACCCGGGACAGUCACAUCUGGCAUGCUUUUUUGGCCCUGGCUGUAUUGUCCCAAAUCUCGAAACUACCUCGGGCCUACUUUUUGCUUCCCUCGAACGCUUGAUACUCAUCUCGGACAGUCUAGAUCCCGGGUCCAGAAUCCCAACCACCACGAAUAAGUCUUCAACGAAGAACCUGACAUGCUAGGCUAUUCUGAAAACCGAGUGGAAGAGGAGAAUGUGGAGUUUCUUGGAGCCGUCUUAACAAUCGGAUUGGGAAACCAGAACCUCCCACGGUGGCUAAGUUGCACCCACGCAAUCCACACCCAUCGCCGACCCCGUUCAAUGCCCUUUUUUUUUUCUUUUUUUCCCCCAAAUUUCUCAGGCAGGCAAGCCUGCAGCGAGAAGGGAUGGAUGGGACGUGAACCAGUGAACCAGCGAACCAGCGAACCAGCGAGCCCAGAGCCCAGAGCCCAGAGCCUCAUUGCAACUCGUUACGUCGCGGCGGGCGGUGUGCGCAACACACCCGCCGAACCCGUCUCCCACUUUGUGCAGUCUCGUCUCAACGAAACGCGCUCUCGUCUUUUUCUCCACAAAGACGCCGAGUUCAGCGCUGCUGCUACUGGACUCGGGGGAUACUUACUUACACGCACACCUUACCAUAACCCCUCCAGGAGUCCGGCCUCCUUUUCUCCAGUAAAUACCAAGAUUCUCCCCGUUGGUCUUCUCCUUUCUUUGUAUAAAAAAGGAGAAAAAACCAAAAAAAAAAACCCGGAACAGAACCACAACCCGUUCAAGAAAAGAAUCGGAGAAAAAAGUGCAAAUCUUCAACUCCACAUUGAGAAAGUUGGGGGGUUUCCAACUCCGAUCUGAGGAAAAGUUGAAGGCCUUUUCCCACCUUAAUGCUGGCUUUCGUUCACUAGGCCUUGUACUAGGACCGGGGCAGAACCUAUAGACGUGGCGGGAGGAGGGUUUCUACAGCAAAUCGCCUACUACGACCAGGCGCGGCGCAGCGCAGCGCAUCACGCUCGCGUGGUAUCUCUGAAUAUAACGCGUUCGAGAACUCGCAAAAGAAACCCACUUCUACAAGUUCGAGACUUCGAGAGAGCGCGCCGCCGACCGAUGAUAAUU